UGGUGAAGGUGGCCUUCAAGUGGCCCAGAAGAAGAAGCUGGGCGUCCUUGGCUUACGGGACUCAGCGAUUCCCAGACUUCCAGCGGAGUUUGAAGGCAGAAGCGUGGAAAAAUGGACGAGUGCCUCGAAACCCUGAAAGAUGAAGAGGAAGCUCUGUGGGAGAACGUCGAAUGCAAUCGUCAUAUGUUGACCCGUUACAUCAACCCCGCCAAGCUGACCCCGUACCUGCGCCAGUGCAAAGUCUUGGAUGAGCAAGAUGAAGAUGAGGUCCUCAACUCCCCGAUGCUCCUCUCCAAAAUCAACCGAGCUGGUCGCCUCCUGGACAUCCUCCAUACAAAGGGAGAGAGGGGCUAUGUGGUUUUCUUGGAGAGCCUCGAAUUUUACUAUCCUGAACUCUACAAAUUAGUGACAGGAAAGGAACCUACACGGCGUUUUUCCACUAUCGUUGUAGAAGAGGGACACGAGGGUCUUACUCACUUUCUGAUGAAUGAGAUCAUAAAGCUGCAGCAGCAAGUCAAGACAAAGGACGCCCAGCGCUGUGAGCUCUUGGCCAAAUCUCGUCAGAUGGAAGAUGAGAGGAAGCAGCUGAAGCUCAACAAGAUCGAGCUGCUCACGUUCCAGGAGAGAUACAACAAAAUGAAAGACGAGAGGAACAAUUACAACGAUGAGCUGAUCAAGGUGAAGGAUGAGAACUACAACCUGGCGAUGAGGUAUGCCCAGCUCAGCGAAGAGAAGAACAUGGCCGUGAUGAGAAGCCGAGACCUUCAGCUCCAGAUCGACAAGCUGAAACACAAGUUGAAUAAAAUGGAGGAAGAAUGCAAGCUGGAGAGGAACCAGUCUCUGAAACUCAAAAACGAUAUCGAAAACCGGCCGAAGAAAGAACAAGUUUUGGAACUGGAGCAUGAGAACGAGAUGCUGAAGACCAAAAUUCAGGAGCUGCAGUCUAUAAUCCAGGCUGGGAAGCCAAGAUUGCCAGAUUCUGACAAAGCCAUUUUGGAUAUCCUAGAACACGACCGCAAAGAAGCUCUGGAGGAUCGCCAAGAGUUGGUCAAUAAGAUCUUUAAUCUCCAAGAAGAGAUCCGUCAUGCGGAAGACCUCCGAGAUAAGUACCUUGAAGAGAAACAAGAACUGGAGUUAAAAUGCUCGACUCUGGGGAAAGACUGUGAGAUGUACAAACAUCGCAUGAACACGGUCAUGCUACAGCUGGAAGAGGUGGAGAAGGAGCGAGAUCAGGCGUUCCACUCCCGGGACGAGGCCCAAAUCCAGUAUUCCCAGUGCCUGAUCGAGAAAGACAAACACCGGAAACAGAUUCGGGAACUGGAGGAAAAAAACAAUGACCUUAGGAUUGAAAUCGUCCGGAAGGAAGCAAGUAUCAUCAACCUGGAAUGUAAACUCAGACGUCUCUCAAAGGACAACGGUUAUGACCAGAGUUUACCACGGAAUUUACCAUUCACUGUGAUAUCUCAGAUGCUGGAAACCUCCAGACCCAAAACCAAUGGCCAAGAGGCAGAUGACUCUUCAACUUCCGAAGAGUCUCCUGAAGACAGCAAAUUCUUCCCCUUGGAUCCACCCCAGUUUAGGAGAAGAUUAAACAUUAAGGGCUUCCAGCCUCCAAGAACAAAAUCUCCCCUUGGUACGAAUCGGACGCCAGAUUUCCAAGUUCUUCAAGGCCACAGUGAGGAGAAGAUUGAGACCAGCCACUCUGAAGCAUCUUCUCAACCGGUAUCCAUCAACAGCUCCACGGGCAGCUGCGAAGUUAGCAAAAUUCAAACCCUGAGAUAUCGCUGCGCCAGCAUUAUGUCCACCACUCCGGAGCCUCCAGGAAAUGAUUCCAUCCUCCGAAGGAACAAAGAUGUCCCUCACUCAAGUUUGACCGAAGAAGAUGACAGUUUUGGCUGUGAUGCUCUGGAAUUAGAAGAUGAUGUCCCUGACAGGUAUUCCUCAUUACCUUCCUCCUCCUCUUCCCAUCAUUCUGAAGGGCUGGAUCUGGAACAAGUCAAUUCUAUUUUCAGAAAGUUCUCUCUGGAAAGGCCAUUCCGUCCCUCGGUGACCUCCGUUGUACGCCUCCACAACGUCUUCCAUGCCGUCCAGCAGAUUGUCGUUAACGGGGACACUCUGAGCUCAGAGAUCAGUUUGCUGGGAGGGAACAUCAAAGGAAGCUUUGUCCACUCCGUGAAGGUCAACUCCACAGCGGAGAAAGCUGGCCUCCGGGAAGGGUACCAACUGCUUCUGGUGGAGGGCUGCAUCCGAGGAGAAAAUAUGAGCGUUCCCCUGGAUACUUGCACCAAGGAGGAAAUUCACUGGACAAUUCAGCGAUGUAGUGGACCAGUUACAUUGCACUGCAAACCAAAUCAUGAAGAUUAUCGGAAGCUGCUUUCAGAAAUGGAAGAAGGUCUGAUCACCUCCGGCGACUCCUUCUACAUCCGGCUGAACCUCAGCAUCUCCAGCCACCUGGACUGCUGCUCCCUGUCCGUGAGAUGCGAUGAGAUCUUGCACGUCCUUGACACCAUGUACCAGGGGAAGUGUGAGUGGUUUUGUGCCAGAGUCCAUCCCGUCACCAACAAAGAUGAGGAAACGGGGACAGUCCCCAAUUAUAGCAGAGCCCAGCAGCUUCUCCUAGUAAAACUCCAGCGACUUAUGAACAAAGGAAGCAAAGAAGAUACAGACAGUGUCUAUGGGAUAUCACGAACUACGCUGCAACCAGAUGAAGCCGCAUCUCCCAGUGAACCCAAAACCAGCCCUCGUCUCUCCAGAGCCAGUUUCCUUUUGGGCCAGAUCUUGCAGUUUGUCAGCAGGUCCGAAAACAAAUACAAGCGCAUGAAUAGCAAUGAACGGGUGCGCAUCGUCACUUCGAAAGACAGCCGGGUCAAAUCAGAAGUACAUCCGGUGACCAAGGCACUCCUUGAAAGAUUUGAAGAGUUUGAUUCCGUGACGGAGAUUAAUAAGAGCUUCAGCCUGAUCCCAUACAGCUUGGUGAAAUCCACCCACUGCAAUUGCCGGCGCCCCGUCCUCUUCAGCCCCACAAUGCUGGCCAAGGCCCUGAUCCAGAAACUUCUCAACUCAGGAGGAGCCCUGGAGUUCAACUUAUGCAAACCAGAUAUUAUAACCAAGGAAGAAUUCUUCAGGAGGCACUCCACGGAGACAAUCAUCUACUCACGGGAAAAAAAUCCGCACACUUACGAAUGUAUUUUCCCAGCAAAUCUUGAGGCCGUGGCUGCCAAGAACAAACACUGCCUGCUCGAACUCGGCAUCGGCUGCACCAAAGAUUUAAUCAAAGCCAAGAUAUAUCCCAUUGUUCUCUUUAUUAAAGUCUCCGAAAAAAAUAUCAAGAAAUUCAGAAAGCUGCUACCAAAACCAGAAUUGGAGGAGGAAUUACUGAAGACGUGUCGUCAGAACGAGAAGGAACUGGAGGGCUUACCUUGCCUUUACGCCUCGUUGGAGACAGAUUCAUGGAGCAGCUUGGAAGAUCUUCUCCGGAUCAUCAAGGAUAAAGUCUGGGAAGAGCAACAGAAAACCAUCUGGGUUGACGAGGAGCAGUUGUGAAGCACAGAUCCCACUGGGGAUCUGGGGAUCCCUCUAAUGAAGCUGAGAAAUAAAGACUUCGGUGAAGAUGGCAGACUUUGUUCUGUCUUCAUGAGAUGGUAGCAGGUAGAACAUUGAGGGUGAGAGAACGUCCUGAAGAAGGGAAGGAUAGAAGAGCUGACAUGUCCAAAAGGGGUUGAACGAUGAGACUUCCAAAGGAUACUUUGGGGUACGGAAGUGGGUUGUUGUUCCCCCUGGCAGUCUGACUCCUGCUGUCCACACCAUCAGCCACUUGAAGGCCAGAUGUUUCCAAAGAGACCUUUUGAAGCCUAAACGUGGAACUUGCAGAAUCCAAAAAUGGACAGUGAGGGGGUCACAGGGAAGCGUUUUUAAUAGUCAUCAUCGCCCAGAGUCGCUCUGUGAGUGAGAUGGGCGGUCUCUACAUUUGAUAAGUAAAUAAAAAAUAAAUAAAUAGC